AUGCUUGCACCUAACCCAGACGUGGAUAGACUCCGUCCAGGACGUAUGCUGCUGGUUGAUACAUAUGAAAAGAAAAUCGAAGAAGAUGAUGACCUGAAAAUGAGAAUUGCUAUAUCAAGACCACACAAGAAAUUAUGUGUGCGACGUUUAUAUAUGGAUCAGUUCCGCAAAAACGAUGUGUUAUCUUUCGGUGCAAUAACUAAUGAAUAUCUAAUAAAACGUGAACUCGAAGUGCAAGGCAUCAUCGAUGGCCGUAUUGCUGAAGAUAUACAUGAUCUACCGAAGAAACGUCGUAAGGAUGUGCAUUUGGAUGCCGAUCGAAGGCUAAUGGCUUUCUCGUACACACCAGAUACUUUUGCUUUGCUGAUUGCACCAAUGAUUCGUGAUAAGAAGGAAGCACUUGGCUCAAUGGGUAACGAUGCGGCAUUGGCGUGUCUGUCGGUUUAUAGUCCUCAGAUAUUCUCCUACUUUAAGCAGUUGUUUGCACAGGUGUUCAAACGUACCUCGUUUAAAGGAUGGCGUACAAAAGUGAUCGAUACAGUGUACCCUAGUCGACACGACGCUAAGGGUCUUCUGCCAGCGUUGGAUCGUAUCUGCAGUGAGGCGUGUGCAGCUGCAUUAGAUGGUUAUCAAAUGAUUGUACUAUCCGAUCGUAAGGUCAGUCGAGAAUUGGUGCCGAUCAGCUCGUUGCUUGCACUUGGUGCUGUUCAUCAAUGUCUUUUGAAGCAGAAGCUUAGAAUGAAGGGUGCUCAAAUAUUCGAAAUAGUUGGUUUGGCAAAAGAAGUGGUCGAUCGUUGUUUCACGAAUACGGUGUCGAGACUGAAAGGGGCCACGUUCGAUAUGCUUGCUUCAGAGAUACUUCGCGUUCAUCGCAAUGCCUAUCCAGCUGUCUCUGAUAAGGAAUACAAUUAUGGUGAUAGUCGCACUCUGAUUAGUCCAGGCAUAUAUCACUGGAGAGAUGGUGGUGAACGACAUAUAAACGAACCAGUUAAUAUAGCUAAACUUCAGGCAGCAGCUCGUUUGAAUGAUAAGAAAAGCUUUCAAGAGUUUUCAACAGCAUCAAAUCUUGCACAGCGUAUGUGUACACUGCGUGGCCAACUGGAAAUUAAGACCGCCAAAAAACUUCAAAUUCCACUGGAGGAUGUUGAGCCAGCGAGUGAAAUUGUUAAACGUUUCGUGACUGGUGCGAUGUCAUUUGGAAGUAUUUCAUGGGAAACGCAUACGACGUUAGCGAUAGCGAUGAAUCGCAUUGGUGGUAAAUCGAAUACUGGAGAAGGUGGUGAGAAAGCGGAACGUUAUCGCAACGACCAGCCGAGAGAUAUGAACAUGCGUUCGGCGAUUAAGCAGGUAGCAUCAGCACGUUUCGGUGUGACGAGUUCGUAUUUGGCAAAUGCAGAUGAGAUUCAAAUCAAGAUGGCACAAGGCGCAAAGCCAGGUGAGGGAGGCGAGUUACCCGGUCACAAAGUGACCAAGGAGAUCGCGUCUACACGUCAUUCUACACCGGGUGUCGGCCUCAUUUCACCACCACCUCAUCACGACAUCUACUCUAUCGAGGAUCUGUCCCAACUCAUCUACGACUUGAAAUGCUCCAAUCCCAUGGCUCGUAUUAGUGUGAAACUCGUCUCAGAGAUCGGUGUUGGAGUUGUGGCAGCCGGCGUUCAUGCGGGUCUUCCAUGGGAACUAGGUGUUGCAGAAGCACAUCAGGUGUUAACGAUGAAUAAUUUACGUUCGCGUGUUGUUAUUCAAGCUGACGGACAAAUCCGAACUGGUCGCGAUGUAAUGAUAGCUGCAUUAUUGGGUGCUGAUGAAUUCGGUAUGUCGACAGCACCAUUGAUUGUGCUCGGAUGUACAAUGAUGCGUAAAUGUCAUCUGAAUACGUGUCCUGUUGGAAUUGCAACGCAGGACCCUGUCUUAAGAGCUAGAUUCACUGGUAAACCAGAGCAUGUUGUUAAUUAUAUGUUCAUGGUGGCUGAAGAAGUUCGGUAUUUCUUAGCUAAACUUGGAUUGACAAAAUUACAGGAAGCAGUUGGUCGUGUCGAUUUAUUGUACGCAAAUCCAAAUCCAUUGAACAAGAAAGCAACAAUGCUCGAAUUUGGUUAUAUUUUACAACAUGCGCAGCAUAUGUUUCCGAAUCAUGAUAUUCGCGGUGGUUCUGUUAAGCAGAUUUCAAAACAAUUCGGAGAAGAGGGAUUGGAUGCGAGCAGAUCAAUACGCAUCAAUUUGAGUGGUCAUGCAGGUCAAAGUUUCGGUGCAAUGCUAGCCAAGGGAGUGACGUUAUACCUGGAAGGUGAUGCGAAUGACUACGUCGGAAAGUGUUUGUCUGGUGGCAAAAUUAUUGUUCGACCACCGAAAGAUGCCAUAUUCAAGUCACAUGAGAAUACAAUCAUUGGAAACGUCGCGUUGUAUGGAGCCACUUCAGGAGAAGCAUUUUUCCGUGGUAUCGGAGGUGAACGAUUCGCAGUUCGUAAUUCGGGAGCGAUCGCAGUAAUCGAAGCUGUUGGUGAUCACGGAUGUGAAUAUAUGACUGGUGGUCGUGUGGUCAUCCUUGAUUGUAUUGGUCGCAACUUCGCUGCCGCGAUGUCUGGUGGACUUGCUUAUAUUCGGGAUGUAGGUGGCAAGAGUACGAGCAAAAUCAAUAUGGCAACUAUCGAUUUGGAUGAGCCAACUGAAGAGGAUCUCAAAUGGAUUCGUGUUAAGAUUGCAGAGUUCGUCGAUGAAACUGGUUCCGAGUUGGGUUCUCAAAUACUUGACAAUUGGCAACGAGAACAUGCGAACUUCAUCAAGGAGUACGUAAUAUGUAUGACAGAUGAUGAUUUGCAGAUAUUUCCGAAAGAUUAUAAACGAGCAUUGGAUGAGAUGGAAGCGGCACGACUUGCGAAAGAGGCUAAACUUGCAAAAUUGGCGCAAGAGGCGAAAGAAAAGGCUGAAGCACUAGCCGAGGCUGAAGCCAACGCUGAAGGCGAUGGUCAGGUUCGUCGUCGUAAGUUCUCGAAGUCAGCUCGUCCUGAGGAUUACGCAGGAUUCGAGCAAGAGGAAGAUAUCCAAGAUGCAGCUGAUGAUGAAGAACGGUACGAGGAUGAAGACGAGGAAAAGUCUGACGUUGGCGAAUCGGAUUCUGAUCAGGAAGCACCGAGUGUGCGCACUGCUGCUACCACUAAUGCUAGUGCUGCCGUGCAACCGCAUCUACAAUCAUUCCAGAAAUCCAUCGAAACUAUCGACAUUGAAAACAUUCCUCCGUUUAAUCAACAAAAGAAACAGUCGGAUGAACCAUUAGAUAAGCUCAGAGGAUUUGUUAAGUAUCGUCGGCAGAUGAAAGUUUACCGACCUGCCGAGAAGAGAAUAAAGGAUUGGGGUGAAGUAACUGACUAUGAAGCAGUUCGGUCGAAUAUUCGUGAGCAGGCCGCAAGGUGUAUGGAUUGUGGUGUACCGUUCUGUCAAGGAAAUACAGGAUGCCCUCUAGGUAAUAUAAUACCGAAAUGGAACGAUUAUGUUUUCAAAAAGAAUUGGAGGCAAGCUUUGGAGAUGUUGUUGCAAACGAAUAAUUUCCCUGAAUUUACUGGCCGCGUUUGUCCAGCACCAUGUGAGGGUGCGUGCUGCUUGGCCAUCAGUUCACCGGCAGUUACAAUAAAAAGUAUCGAAUGCGCCAUAAUUGAUUAUGCAUUUUUACAAGGGUGGAUGGAGCCACAAAAGCCAACAUAUGGUAUACCAACGAUGAAACUCGAUAAAUUUAUUGUUGAUCGUCGUGUUAAGUUGAUGGAAGCAGAGGGUGUCAAAUUUUUGACUAAUACCGAAAUUGGAAAGGACGUUCCGGCUAAUUUCCUAUUGAAGGAUAAUGAUGCUAUACUGGUAUGCACCGGAUCGACAGCAGCACGUGACUUGCCGAUCGAAAAUCGGGAUGCAAAAGGAAUUUGUUUCGCCAUGGAAUUCCUAGAGAGGUCACAGCGCAGACGAUGUGGCGAUGACAUCUCAUGGGAUGGCUUGGAUGCGAAGGACAAGCGAGUGAUCAUCCUGGGUGGUGGUGACACGGCCACUGAUUGCAUUGGCACAUGCAUUCGAUUGGGUGCUAAAAGCAUUCGCGCGUUCGAAAUAAUGCCACAGCCGCCAAAAGAAAGAAGUGAAACGAAUCCAUGGCCUGAGUGGCCGACAAUAUUCCGUGUUGAUUACGGUCAUGAAGAGUGCCAGAAGAUAAAUGGUAAAGAUCCGCGUACAUAUGCUAUUUCGACGAAAAACUUUAUCGCGGCAGAAAAUUCAGCCGGUAUAAAAGUUUUAACUGGACUUGUAACCGUCGAAGUGGAAUGGCAAAAGGAUGAGGGUGGAAAAUGGAAGAUGAUUGAAAUUGAAGGAACACAAACGACGCAUCCAUGUGAUUUAUGUAUUCUUGCGAUGGGAUUCGUUGGACCUGAAAAGACUGCAAUUGAGCAGUUAGCGAUCAAGACAGAUCAACGUUCAAAUAUUAUGACCGGUGAGCAUCGUUACAGUACAUCGGUUGCAAAAGUUUUCGCAGCUGGAGAUUGCCGCAGAGGACAGUCUCUGAUUGUAUGGGCUAUUCAUGAGGGUAGACAAGCUGCACGUCAGGUUGAUCAUUAUUUGAUGGGUAAAACAUUACUAGCUGGUCCAGGUGGUGUUGUAUUGGCUCCAAUCUAUCAGUAG